AUGAGAGUUCAUACUGGAGAGAGACCGUAUACAUGUGUUCAAUGUGGGAAGAGUUUUGCACAAAAAGGACACCUUAUGGAGCACAUGAACAUCCACCCUGGAGAAAAACCUUACAAGUGUUCACACUGUGACAAGAGAUUCAUUCAGUCAGGACUCCUGAAAAAACAUGAGAGGAUUCACACUGGAGGGAAACCAUACAAGUGUUCACACUGUGACAAGAGAUUCAAUAAGUCAACAAAUCUGAAAACACAUAAGAGGAUCCACACUGGAGAGAAACCGUACACAUGUGAUCAGUGCGGGAAGAGUUUCACACAAAAAAAACACCUUACAGCACAUAUGAGAAUUCAUACUGGAGAGAAACCGUUCACUUGUGAUCAGUGUGGAAAGAGUUUUACAAAAUCAGAAACCCUUAAAGUACACCUGAGAGUUCAUACAAAGGAGAAGCCACAUUCAUGUUCUUUAUGUGGAAAGAGUUUUUCACGUCUAGAACAUUUGAAAGGACAUCAGAAAAUACAUACUGGCGUGAGAGAGUACAUGUGCUUUGAGUGUGAAAAGACUUUUAUUUCAGCAAACUGUUUAAAAAUGCAUGAGAGGAUUCACACUGGAGAAAAACCAUACAAGUGUUCACACUGUGACAAGAGAUUUAGUCAUUCAGGACGUCUGAAAACACAUGAGAGGAUCCACACUGGAGAGAAGCCUUACAAGUGUUCACACUGCGACAAGAGAUUCAAUCAGUCAGCAAAUCUGAAAACACAUGAGAGGCUCCACACUGGAGAGAAGCCUUACAAGUGUUCACACUGCGACAAAAGAUUCAGUCAGUCAGGAGUCCUGAAAAAACAUAAGAGGAUCCACACUGGUGAAAAGCUGUAUGCAUGUCACCAAUGUGGUAAAACAUUUUUGUGGGCUUCAGUCCUGAAGAAUCACCUGAACUUUCAUACAAAGGAGAAGCUACAUUCAUGUUCUUUAUGUGGAAAUAAUUUUUCACGCAUACAUCAUUUGAAAGGACAUCAGAAAAUACAUACUGGUGUGAGAGAGUACAUGUGCUUUGAGUGUGAAAAUACUUUUAUUUCAGCGAACUGUUUAAAAAUGCAUGAGAGGAUUCACACUGGAGAAAAACCGUACAAGUGUUCACACUGUGACAAGAGAUUUAGUCAUUCAGGACGUCUGAAAACACAUGAGAGGAUCCACACUGGAGAGAAACCGUAGCACUGCUCUGCAUGUGGAAAGCGUUUCAAUCAUUCAUCUUCUCUUCGCAAUUAUACAAAAAACAAUCACAGUGAAUAGAUCAUCUUCAGA